CCGUGUCGCCUCCCGCCGCUGACUCUGCGCAUGCGGAUUGUCCGCCCGACUUUGCGAAGUCGCUGCCCGAGGUUCGGCUCGGACUAGCUGCCAUCUUGCGGAAGGGUUGAGGCGCUGGCACCGCCGCCCUGACCGAUUCAAGGCCCAGCUCAUAUUAUGGCUGGCAGUGGGCCAAGAUCAGGAACUGUCAGUGGAUUUGCCAUGAAAUCACAGCUUCAGAUUACUGUUAUCUCAGCAAAAUUAAAAGAAAAUAAAAAUAAAUGGUUUGGACCUAGCCCUUAUGUGGAAGUCGCAGUGGAUGGACAGUCGAAGAAGACAGAAAAAUGCAACAAUACGAAUAGUCCGAAGUGGAAGCAACAUCUUACAGUAAUUGUCACUCCUGUCAGUACAUUAAACUUUCGUGUCUGGAGCCAUCAGACAUUAAAAUCUGAUAUUCUACUGGGAAGUGCUACUCUGGAGGUUCAUGAGACAUUGAAAUCAAACAAUAUGAAACUUGAGCAGGUGGUUGUGACAUUGCAGCUUGUCGGUUACCGAGAACCAGCAGAGGUGAUAGGAGACUUGUCUGUUUGUCUGGAUGGGAUGCAGGUAGAUCCUGAGCUCCUAACUAAUGGCGAUGCCACAACUAUAAGAAGUCCCACACAGAACGAUGGUUCCAGAGCAAGAAACGACACAAGGGCUAAUGCAAAUGGCCUUGAAAGCUAUGAGGAUGCAGGAUCCAGUGAAAGCAGGUCUGUUAAUGGCAGUGAUUCUCCGUUACUCACAAAUGGGGUCUUUAAACCUGCUAGGCCUCCCAGGCCCUCCCGACCACCUCCACCCACUCCUCGUAGACCCUCUUCUGCAGCUGGAUGUGUCAAUGGUCCUUCAUCUAUGUCCAUAGAAAAUGAUGAGUCCAGUGCAGGAUCCUCACCAAGUACAACUCCAAAUGCACCUUCAGAACAGAGCCCUGAGGGGGCAACAGCUGGAACAACAGUUCCUGCAGCUUCCGCUUUGACCACGCCUCCAGUAUCCAGACAAGUCCAGCCAGUAAAUCCUCCAUCUCAGACACACAGUACUGUCAGUCAAGGUCCUCUUCCACCUGGAUGGGAGCAAAGAGUGGACCAGCAUGGUCGAGUAUACUACGUAGAUCACGUUGAAAAAAGAACAACAUGGGAUCGGCCGGAACCUCUUCCCCCAGGCUGGGAGCGACGAGUUGACAACAUGGGGAGAAUUUAUUAUGUCGACCACUUCACUAGAACGACAACAUGGCAACGACCAACAUUGGAAUCUGUCCGGAAUUAUGAGCAAUGGCAACUUCAACGGAGUCAGCUUCAAGGAGCUAUGCAACAGUUUAACCAGAGGUUCAUAUAUGGGAACCAAGACACUACCCCCACACAGAACACAGAGUUUGAUCCUCUUGGCACCUUGCCACAUGGAUGGGAAAAGAGAACUGACAGCAAUGGCAGAGUAUAUUUUGUCAAUCACAACACGCGCAUCACACAAUGGGAAGACCCCAGAAAUCAGGGUCAAUUAAACGAGAAACCCUUGCCAGAGGGCUGGGAAAUGAGAUUUACUGUGGAUGGCAUUCCCUAUUUUGUGGAUCACAAUAGAAGAACUACAACGUAUAUAGAUCCCCGCACUGGAAAAUCUGCUCUAGACAAUGGGCCCCAAAUAGCCUAUGUGCGUGACUUCAAAGCGAAGGUCCAGUAUUUCCGGUUCUGGUGUCAGCAACUGGCUAUGCCACAACACAUAAAGAUUACAGUGUCCAGAAAGACAUUGUUUGAGGACUCAUUUCAGCAGAUAAUGAGCUUCAGCCCUCAGGAUCUGCGAAGACGCCUGUGGGUCAUUUUUCCUGGUGAAGAAGGUUUAGAUUAUGGAGGUGUUGCAAGGGAAUGGUUCUUUCUGUUGUCACAUGAAGUGUUGAAUCCAAUGUAUUGCCUGUUUGAAUAUGCAGGGAAGGAUAACUACUGCUUACAGAUAAACCCAGCUUCUUACAUUAAUCCAGACCACCUGAAAUACUUCCGUUUUAUUGGCAGAUUCAUUGCCAUGGCUUUGUUCCAUGUGAGAUUCAUAGAUACAGGUUUCUCUCUGCCAUUCUAUAAGCGUAUCCUAAACAAGCCAACAGGACUCAAGGAUUUAGAAUCUGUUGAUCCAGAGUUUUACAACUCUCUCAUCUGGGUAAAAGAAAACAAUAUUGAAGAAUGUGGCUUGGAAAUGUAUUUCUCAGUGGAUAAAGAAAUUCUAGGCGAAAUAAAGAGCCAUGAUUUGAAACCUAAUGGUAGCAACAUUCUGGUCACAGAAGAAAAUAAAGAUGACUAUAUUAGGCUGGUAGCAGAAUGGAGACUCUCCCGAGGUGUUGAAGAACAGACACAAGCUUUCUUUGAAGGCUUCAAUGAAAUUCUUCCACAGCAGUACUUGCAGUACUUUGAUGCCAAGGAACUAGAGGUGCUUUUAUGCGGAAUGCAAGAGAUUGACUUGAAUGACUGGCAGAGACACACCAUCUAUCGGCACUACACCAGGACGAGCAAACACAUUAUGUGGUUUUGGCAGUUUGUGAAAGAAAUAGACAAUGAGAAGAGAAUGCGACUAUUGCAGUUCGUUACAGGAACAUGCAGAUUACCAGUUGGAGGAUUUGCUGACCUCAUGGGGAGCAAUGGACCCCAAAAGUUUUGUAUUGAAAAAGUUGGAAAAGAAAACUGGUUACCUAGAAGUCAUACUUGUUUCAAUCGCUUGGACCUGCCACCCUACAAGAGUUAUGAGCAGUUGAAGGAAAAAUUAUUAUUUGCAAUUGAAGAAACAGAAGGAUUUGGGCAAGAGUAAUCACAUGAGUGAAUUUGCACCCUGAAGAACAUGAACUUGUGUGAUGUAUGUUCUUCUCUUCCUCUGCUUGUUGCACAUCUCAUUGUAAAGUAAACUUGACUAGGAUUUAUUUAAACAAUUACUAGUGUGUAAGUAAAUGGAUGUUAUCCUGAGACUUUAUCCCCACUAACUCUGGAUUUCUACAGAGCCCUUCCAGAAAUCAAAUCAGCAAAUUAUUCAUGUACAAAUGAAAUCUGACCUAACUAGAGAUUUAAUUCAGCUCUGCUUUGUUUCACAAUUCAUUAAUUAGAAUGUGUCCUCCUUAAUGACAGUUUUUUGUUGUUUUUUUUUUAAAAACUAGUCUCUUUCCUUUUUAGUAGCAUUUCUUUUGCUACUGAUGCACUGGGAAGUCCAUUGGUAGCUGCAAUGCUGCAGCAUCCUCAUAAGCCUCUUUACAACAGUGUUGUUAGAGCCAGCUUGUAGCCAGCCUCUGGGUACUAUGAGCAGAUCCAUUGCUUGUGCUGUUGUUUCUUACUCAAGUGUGGCCUGACUCUGAUUUUUGUUUUUGUUUUUUUGUCCCGUCCCCCCCCGCCCCUCCUGGAGCUUAUUCACAUUUCAUUUUGAUUCAGAUCAUUGCUAAGGGGGUGUAGAACUACUGCUCAUGUCCAGAGUAUAGCUUGGUUUGUUUUUUUUUUUAAAUCCUGUUAAUUUUGGCAUGAUAACCUGUCUGAGGUUGUUGCCAUGUUUGAGCGUCCUCUCCUAUCUCGGAAGAAUUUUGAUCCAUUUCCAUAUAAUACACACACUUAACGUCAGAUACAAUAUUAACACUGUGGUACUUCAACACUCAUUUUGCAAAAGAUGAGACCACCUGAGAUUUCAAAUAAAUGCACUGAAUACAUUUGCAGAUUGCUGUUUCUUGUCAAAUGAGUUAAUGGAAAGUAAACUUGAUGUUGCUGUUAAGUGCCCAAUCAAAUAGUUUUCUUCUAGGAUUUUAUCCAGUUGUCAGGAAGAGGUAUACCAUGUAACUGGAUUCUAAAACAUGGCGAGAAGCAGCCUCAAAAUUAUAUUACUUAUAAUUUUAGUGGAGAACUGUUGUGCUAUAAUUGGCUAAGAGAUAGUCAGUCCUAGAAUGUUUAGUCAAGGACUGCAGACUUCCAAAUGUUGAUAUAUCAGUAAAUUCAGUAACUCCAUAGAGGUUAGAACUAAUAUGUUCAGACUAACUCAGCCCUGAGUUGCUUCUGAGCAGUAACUUCUGUAGUGUGUGUUCUUUCUGAUUUGGACAGAUAACACCUUUCACUUCCUGUUAUCUGUUAGUAUUACAAUUCUCUAGCAGCAUACAAUAGUAUUUAACAUUAUACUUCCUCUUUUGGAAUUAAUGCACUUUCUGUAUAUGGUCAGCUCUCUCCCUGGCCUUCCUUCCUCCGGAUGGUUAAACUUCAAUGGGAUGAGUUUCUAACUAUGGGAAGAGAGAUGAUACUUGAAAUGGCAGUAGUGCAUGUUAAUGCAUACCUGCUUCUGCCUCCAGAGUGUCACAGUGCCCUUUGGAAGGCUUCUAAUAUUAGAGCUGGAAGAGGAGAGAUGGGCACUGUCCAAUCGAACUUCCAUCUGGGAAGAAAAUGUUUCUUAACAUUUAUUGUGAGGGCUUUUCUGUAUCAGAUCAUGCAAAGGGAUCAGUUGUUCCUCAGCAUGUGCCUGUAAGAAGGGGGAAUGGCUUAGACCUCUGUUGUUUUACUUUCUUUGCCAUGUAUAGUCCAAGAAAUGCAUGUAAACAUGUUGCUGGUUUUAGAGAAAUUGACCCACUUUUAUCUUUUCCCUGGUGGAUGAGAAGUGAACUGACUUUCUUAGCUGGAGGAAUGUCUGCCAACUCCCAAAACAUCUGAUGAAUAUCUUACAACGUAUGGAUCAUGGAACAAAAGCCUGAUAAAUAUUUUCUGUUGAUAAUUCUUAUAAUGAAGCCUAGUUAUCUAACAUAUUUACGAGAGAGAUUAGGUUAAGUGAGAUAAUUGGAGAUUAAGCUAUGGAAAAUAGUUUGUGUUCUGCAUAAUGAUUCAUGUUUUAUGUAGGGACCUAGAUAUAUUAAUGUAUAAAUAUCACCCAAAAGGCUUUCUGCCCUAUAUUUUUAAAAUAAAGAAUAGUUAUAAUUGAAAUAGCUAUAGCCCUAGUUCUAUAGGGUGAGGCUGGUUAAUAUUUUUAUGGUUGAAAUGUUUAGUUCAGGAAAAAGGAAAAUGCUUGUAUAUAUUUUUGCAGUCCGGGGUCUCAUUUACUCCAUUUCUUCCUUUUAAUUUAAAUGGCAUGUUUAUAUGUCUUUACUGCUGUAUUAGGGAGGGGGAAAGGGGAGCUGGAUAUCCCAAGCACCAGAAGUCAUGUUAUAAAAUAUUGCAAAUAAGAAAUAUUUCACUGAAAAAUGAAUCUGUAAAAUGAAAUAUUGAAUUUUGGCCAAAAUGUUAAUGUUUAAAAAUAGGUUUAUAGUAAGUGUUUAAAUUAGCAAUAUUUCUGAAAAUCAAACUAAAAAUUUUUUAAAAUACAUUUUGCUUUGUAAGCAUUUUAAAUGCUAACAAAUCUGUUAAUUUUUUACAGCAUGUUAUGUUGAAAUAAAAAGGAAUUAAUAUGAGCAAUUAACGCACUCUUCUGCUCUUUAUGGGGACUGGGGAAAACAUCAUGUGCAUAAGCACACAAUUUGGCAUACCAUGUGAUGGGUAGAGUGAAUUUGGACUCCCAAGUGAUCUUUGGUAGAGAUUAGUGAACAUGUAUCUGCCUUUCUUGCGUUGAUUUAGCAGUCUGUAAAUUGCAGUAAACUGAUACUUUGUCUAUACUGUACGCAUGUGAGAAUGUCAGUGGAUCCAGUUACAUAAGAUUUACAAUAACUCUAUUUAGGAUUUUGCUUUAUGAAGAUGUUAAUUUUGAUUAACAUAAGAUCAGUGGAUCAAAAUUGUUAUGGCUAACACAGUCUGAUAUUUCUGGGUAGUUCAGAAAAUGUUAACAUAUUAAUGAAAUGUGUCGUAAAAAAGUCAUGACUUAAAAUUUGCUGCAGUAUAAAUAGGCCCUACCAAAUUUACAGUCCAUUUUGGUAAAUUUCAGUCACAGGAUUUUUAAAAUCAUAAAUGUCAUGAUUUCAGCUAUUUAAAUCUGAAUUUUCACGGUGUUGUAAUUGUAGGGGCCCUGACCCAAAAAGGGGUCGUGGGGGGGGUUACAAGGUUAUUGUAGAGGGGGCUGCGGUACUGCUACCCUUACUUCUGCUCUGCUGCCGGAGGCAGCACUGCCUUCGGAGCUGGGCAUCUGGAGCGCAGCAGCUGCUGGCCAGGAGCCCAGCUCUGUAGACAGAGCCGCUGCCAGCAGCAGGGCAGAAAUAAGGAAUAAGGCCUGGUGUGGUAUUGCCACUCUUACUUCUGCCCUGCUGCCUACUGAGCUGGGACCUCAGUCAGCAGCCGCCGCUCUUCAGCUGCCCCACUCUGACGGCAGCAGCACAGAAGUAAAGGUGACAAGAUAUGGCGUUGCCGCCCUUACUUCUGCCCUGCUGCUGGUGGGGCGCUGCCUUCAGAGUUGGGCACCCAGCCAACAGUCGCCACUCUCCAGCCACCUGCUCUGAAGGCAGUGCAGAAGUAAGGGUGGCAAUACAGCAACCCCCAUAAAAUAGCCUUGUGAUUCCCCCCCUCCCCCCCGCAACUCCCUUUUGGGUCAGGACCCCCAAUUUGAGAAACACUGGUCUCACCCGUGAAAUCUGUUUAGUAUAAGGUAAAAGCACACACAAGACCAGAUUUCACUGGGGGGUCCGUGGGAGUUUGGGGAGACAAGAUUUCACUGUCUGUGACGGGUUUUUAUCAUAGCCGUGAAUUUGGUAGGGCCCCAAGUAUAAAAUUUAUAUGUAUAUACAGUUGAUUUGUAUAAAAGAAAAAAUUUGUGACCAAAUAUAUUGCAGUUUUUAAUACGUGGCAAAAAAGCAAACUGUGGUAUAACUCACCAUUUAUUUGCUUCAUGUUUUCCUAACAUUCUGCACUGAAUUUGUAAGCUAAACAUCUUCCACUCCGUUGGUAUCUCCAGCCCCCCUUCCUGUUUUUGUGUGUGUGUGGUGGCUUUUCAUUUUCUUUCAGAAUCAUAGUUUGUAAAUUUGUGCUCUAGUGAACUAGUAUAUGAACUAGGAUCAGAAGCACUGGAUUGUAAAAUACUGUACUGAAAUUCCAUUGUAGAAUUUUCCUUGAACUGUAAUUUUAAAUACUCAGGUAAUUGUAAAAGUAUCUCAGAAAGUCAAAUACUUUUAUAAAAGUACUUCAAGA